UUUUAUUUAAAUGCGUAUUACACGCACGCUUUAUACAUUAUAUUUUUGCUAUUUUUCAGAUGCGUUCGCAGUCAAUGAUAUUGUACUUCUUUUUUCUCCUGGCUUAAUUACCAUAUAACAACGGAAAAGUUUGCGUGAUAAUAUCAAAAGUCAAAAUACGUCUCCGACGAGCAUCCAAACUCCGUCCGCUCAAAGAAACGGAAUAGAAUUGUUUAAAUGGGGGUUAAUGGGCGACGUAAACGGCGCUCUCUAUUAUUUAAUUCGGUGACACGGUGGCAAGGUGUUACGAGGUAACAAGUACCCGCGUUGUUCGAGGGUGGAUGCUCGAUGCGAGGACUGGGCAACGAACGAUACCAUACGGCGGUUCAGACUGGACACGCAGCAGUACACGGAUCGGCGGUGGUCGAGGCUGGAUGGACGGACGGUGUUCGCUGAAUAAGGAUGCGACGAGGGAGGAGUUGUAGCCGGAUCACACGGACGCGCGUACGGAAGGAAAGAGGAGAAGGAAGGUGGGUGAGGUGGUGGUUCCCUGGUGCGCAGCCUGAGCUGCGGUCGGAACUUCUCGUAACCUCCCCUCCCUUCCCCCGUGGCACGGGAUACUCGCGAGCGGCACUUAGGCCUGUGGCGGGGCGUAGGUGCAGAGAGCGGGCGAGUAGUGGUGCGGCCGCGGGAUCGCGAGAGCGCAGGAUGGCUCGAGUGUGGGUCGAGCGAGGCCGAGGAUGGCCGAGGACGACCGACUGCGCACGAGCCACGAAUCGCCGCGGGAACCUGUCGCGCGCCACGAAAGUCGAACAGUCUCUCACUGGCGCCCGGCGCGGCGAGUGCCUUGAGAGACAGGAUUUCGUGCGAGGAAGAGGCGCAGAUCUGGUGUGUUGGACGGAUAAGGAUUGAACAUCGAAAGGAACAUCGUAUAGAGAGAGAGAGAGAGAGAAAGAGAGGGAGGAAGGAAAAGGGAGAGAGAGAGAGAAAGGAAGUCGAUCCUUGCGUGGAGGGCCCGAGUGGACGGUGGUAGAGUUUCCAUCCGCGAGCAUCUACCCCCUUCUUCGAGGCUCGAUGACCGCGGCACGCGAGGAACGGAAUCGACUGUGGAUCAGGAUGAGCCCCUGUCUGCUCGCCAAUUCCCCACGCCACGUGGCUCCGGCUCUUCCGUUUCUUUGGAUCUUCGUCAUCCUGCUGAACGGUUGCGACGCCUCGUACGAGAUGCAGGGGCCAAGCUUCGUGUCGGAGCCACCGUCGCGGGUGGAAUUCACGAACGUGAACGGGGGCCGGGUGGACUGCACAGUGAGAGGAAAUCCGGCACCUACCGUCGACUGGCUGGCGGCGGACGGUGGCAGUAUAACGAGUAUCCCUGGAAUCAGGCACGUCCUUGGCAACGGGACCAUCCACUUUCCUGGCUUCGAGGCCGAGGUCUUCCGACAGGACGUCCACUGGGCUAUUUAUAAGUGUUCCGCCGUGAACAGCGUCGGUGCCAUCGUUAGCAGAGACGUCACUGUCAGAGCAGUGGUGAAUCAGCGUUACGAUCCGGAAGUGCAAUGUCCCGGCGGUUUCCUCGGCAACAACGUGCUUAUGCGAUGCAACGUGCCCAGUUUCGUCCGCGAUCACGUCACCAUCACAUCUUGGCUUCAGGAGCCGUCUUUCAACAUCUACCCCUCCACGAUGGGAGAUGGGAAAUACCACAUGCUCUCGAGCGGGGAGCUCAUGAUAUUGAACAUCACGCGAGAGGACGCGGAAAGGACUUAUCGGUGCAGGACGCAUCACCGUUUGACGCAGGAAACGGUCGUCAGCAGCAACGUCGGCAGACUUCAGUUGACCGAGAUACGCAGCACCAUGCCGCCGAUGAUAAACGAGAAGGUGGUUUAUAUGUCCGCCCGGCUGAAAGACACCGUUGUGAUACCGUGCGUCGCGUACGGGAAUCCAACCCCCACGAACAGGUGGUACUACAAUAGGAACCAGAGGGAGGAGCCGGUCGAGGAUUCGUCCGGGCAUUACGUGGUGCGAGACGGUUCGUUGAUCAUACAAGGCGUCCAGGAGAGCGACGGUGGAUCGUACAUGUGCACCGCUAGUAAUUCCGAGGGCAGCGAGUCUAUGGAAGUGAGGUUAACCGUGUCUGCGCCAUUAAACGUGCACGUCCAACCAUCGAUCCAGACCGUUGAUCUCGGGAAAGCCGCUCAUUUGACGUGCAGCGCAAGUGGAUUUCCGCAGGCGGCGUUGUACUGGCUGAAGGACGGCCAGCCAUUGAGAACGGGCGCUCGCAUAAGGGCGGUUUCCAGGGAACGUAUUUCCGUGAUGUCGGUCGCAAGAGAGGAUCGCGGCAUGUACCAGUGCUUUGUGAGGAACGAGUAUGAAAUGGCUCAAGGAAUCGCGGAAUUGCGGCUGGGCGAGAUCGCGCCGCAACUGGUCUACAGGUUUAUCGAACAGACAAUGCAGACCGGUCCAUCGGUUUCUCUGAAAUGCAGCGCGGCGGGUAAUCCGACGCCGCAAAUUUCCUGGCUGCUGGAUGGAUUUCCGCUUCCGCAAAACGACAGACUCCUGAUUGGCCAGUACGUGACCGUGUACGGGGACGUAAUAUCGCACGUGAACAUCUCGUCGGUCAAGUCCGAAGACGGGGGCGAGUACGAGUGCAUCGCGAGCAGCCGCGCUGGCGAGGCGAGCCACUCGGCGAGGCUCAAUAUUUACGGUUUGCCAUAUGUCAGGCCCAUGUCGACGGUUUCGGCGGUCGCUGGGAAACAGUUUCACAUCAAAUGCCCGGUCGCCGGUUAUCCCAUCGAAUCGAUCGUUUGGGAGAAAGCAGAUGGAGUAAGGUUGCCCACAAACAUGAGACAGAGGGUUGCGAACGGCAGCCUGUUCAUCGAUACGGUGCAACGAGCCGCCGAUCAGGGCACGUACACGUGCACCGCCAGGAACAAGCAUAAUUUCACCUCUCAACGAUCGGUAGAAGUGCGCGUUCUAGUUCCACCGCGGAUCUCGCCGUUUUAUUUCGAGAACGGUGUGACGGAGGGGAUGAGGACACAGCUAAUGUGUACCACGAGCCAGGGUGACCAGCCGUUCAACAUCACGUGGUUGAUGGACGAGAAACCGAUUCAGGUCAGAUCGGGUGACGGUGCGUCGGCGUCGUCCUCGGCGUCGUCCUCGGCGUCGUCGUCCUCGUCGUCAUCCUCGUCCUCGUCGUCGUCAUCGUCGUCGUCGUCGUCGUCGGGCGGAUCCACCGCGGCCUUUCUCGAGACGGGCAACAACAACAUACAGAUAAGCGACUAUCCGCCGUUUUCCAGCAUCCUGACGAUAAAUAACGUCAGCGCUAAGCACAGCGGGAACUACACGUGCCAGAUCAGCAACGUCGCUGGCCUGGCCGAAUACUCGACCAGCCUCUCCGUUGCUGUGCCGCCACGCUGGACGGUCGAACCUAUCGACCAGAACGCCGUUGUAGGUCACGGCGUCUCCAUUGCCUGUCAGGCUGAAGGAUUCCCCAUUCCGACGGUGACUUGGAAGCAAUCGAUCGGGAUGGACACGCCAGGCGACUAUAGGGAGCUAGGAUUCAGCGGGACCGAGGGUGCGGGGGUUGCGGGGAACGGAUCGUUGGUGAUCUCACGGGUAUCCAGGGAUCAUGCCGGUUUCUAUCUGUGCCAGGCGAGCAACGGCAUCGGGCCAGGCCUCAGCAAGCUCAUUCGGCUAACAGUUCACGCGGGCCCUCAAGUGUCGGUGAAGACUCAGCAGGAGUCGGUGAGGCGAGGAGAGAGCGUGACGUUGCGUUGCGAGGCCGAAGGAGACGCUCCUCUUGAUCUGAGUUGGCGUGCGCGUGACAGCAGAGUCGAUCCCAACUACGAUGUUAGGUACACGAUAGACAACCAGAAGGUGUCCGGGCGGGUGAUCUCGGAGCUGCGCAUCACCCAGGCGAACCACAUUGACCGUGGGGACUACACGUGCGUUGCCACGAACGCUUACGGCCACGCGAGGGCCGGUAUCAAGCUGUUGGUGCAGGAGCCGCCGAAUUUCCCCCGGAAUUUACACGUAGCCGAGCAGGGGAGCAGAUCGCUGCUGUUGGCCUGGUCGUCGCCGUCCAGCGAGCAGGAUCCGGCGCACGCCAGCUCGCCCAUAACCAAAUACAUCGUGCAGUACAAGGAGGCGCAGGACGUGUGGCAUGAGCACAACACGCAGAAGAUGGUGGCGGGGGACAACACGGUCGCGCUGGUGUCGCCCCUAAAACCGGCGACCUCCUACCACUUUCGGGUGCUAGCGGAAAAUCAUCUUGGAACAUCAGCGCCAAGCGACAUCCUUCAUGCCCAGACCGACGGCGAGAUUCCCGGUGGAUCGCCCAGACACGUUAUCGCCGAACCCUUAGGACCGCAGCAAGUGAAGGUCACCUGGCAACCACCCGAUCGAUCCCUGUGGAAUGGCGAACUUCUCGGAUACACCAUCAGCUACGCCAAUCUAGGUGGGAAUGAUCAAUCGGUGAACAUCACCAGAGUGGGAAUCACGGAGAACGGGGAUGGCUCCUACAGGCUAACCGGACUUCGAAAGUACACCCAAUAUAGCAUCGUGGUGAAGGCGUUCAAUAAUAAAGGAGACGGUCCAGGAUCUGACCCGGUCACGGUGCAGACUCUCGAAGACGUUCCAAGCGCCUCGCCGCAGAACGUGGCGUGCGCCGCCCUGACCGGGCAGAACAUCCAGGUGACCUGGAAGCCGCCGCCUUCCGACAAAGUUCACGGGGUCGUGCAGGGGUACAAGUUGCUGUACGAGGCGGGCAGCGCGGUUCUGGAGCAGCAGGCGGGCAGAGAGACGAAAAUCAGCCAUGCAUUGAGCACGGUUCUGCACGGACUUAGCCCGUACACCAAUUACACGGUGCAGGUGCUCGCCUACACCAGGGCCGGGGAGGGUGUCACGAGCAGCCCUGUAUCCUGCACCACCGAAGAAACUGUUCCGGACGCGCCCGAGCGCGUGAAGGCCGUGACCAGUAACGAGGACGCGGUGGUGAUAUCUUGGCUGCCACCGCGGCGACCGAACGGCAUUCUCACCAAGUACACCGUCCAUAUCCGGGUGUUGGACCAGGGCCAGGAGGUGAAGACCAUUAAGAGCUCGCUGCCUGCGCAGAACCUGCACCACGAGGCGACCGGGCUGAAGCAGCGCGAGUCCUACGAGGCCUGGGUUACGGCCUCUACCAAAAUAGGGCAAGGACCUAGAACUCCGGUCAUCAAACUUCAACUGAGCAAUACCGUUCCAGCAGCUAUAAUAUCGUUCGGAGUGCCGCUCGUAGUGCCUUGGAGGGUGGACGUCAAUAUGGCCUGUCUCGCCGUCGGUAUUCCACGUCCCACGGUGGAAUGGCGUCGAGGCGACGUCAAGUUGCAGCAGAAGUCGGACAUCGGGGCGGACAACGCGUUGACGUUGAGGAACGUGCAGAGAACUCACGAGGGCAACUAUUCCUGCCACGUGAAGAAUUCCCUCGGUUCCGAUGAAAUCGUGUACACGCUUCAAGUACAAGUGCCUCCAACUCCGCCGACUUUGCUCGCAACCGGCACCACAACGGACGCUGUCCAACUGCAAUGGAAACAGGGCGACAAUGGUGGCGCCCCCAUCAAGGGAUUCCUGUUGGCCUAUCGUCGCGAGUUCUCCGAGUGGGAGGAAGUGAUGAUCGAUAGGAAGGCGAACACGCAUCUUCUGGAGGGGUUGCAGUGCGGGACCAGGUACCAGUUCACGUUGGCGGCGUUCAACAGGAUCGGUAGCGGAAGCGCGAGCAAGAUCGAGACGGCGAAGACGAACGGGACGAAACCGAUCCCGCCCAUCAAGCAUCAGUUGAUCAAAGCGAAUCAAACGUUCGUUACGUUGGAGUUGAACUCGUGGCAGGACGGGGGCUGCCCUUUGCUCUAUUUUGUGGUCGAGUACAGGAGGUUACCCGGUGAUUGGUUGCUCUUUUCGAAUAACGUGCAACCACAAUCGAGAUUCUCCAUAGUGAAUCUGGACAGCGGCACCAAAUACGAGCUCCGUGUCACCGCGUACAAUAACGCGGGCUCGACGCAGGCCGAAUACCUGUUCACCACGUUGUCGCCGACCGGCAGUAAUCGAAUACACGACGAGCACCCGCCCGAGACCGAGGAGACCUCCCUUCUUUUCGACGCCCACGUGCUCGCGCCUAGCGUCAUCUCGCUUCUGGCCGUGUUCCUCACGGUGGCUGGCGUCUGCUUUUGCUUGAAAACACACGCGGAACGGUCGGGGAGAGCGAACGAUCCGAGCUCGCAAACCCAGGCGGCGCUGGAGAACAAGCACAACAUGGAGCAGAGGGAAGAGUACUACGCGACCGUGAGGAAGCCGGGGCAACAGUCGCCCUGUCGCGAGGUGAGCGCCCUGGAAAGAAUACCCGAAUAUUCCGAAGACAUUUAUCCGUACGCCACCUUCAAUCUGCCCGAGCAGGAAAACCUGUCGGCGAACCCGAUGCGACAGGCGUUCUACUACGAACGCAGCGAAACCAUGCUGCAAGGCAAUCAGUGCGACAUGGAGCAGUACACGAAGGUGCGAGGCAGGGCGAGGCGGAAGUCGAAGUCGUUCAAAUCGGAAUCGGAGGAGUACGACACCCUGGGCUCGGACAGCGACACGGAGGUCGGUACCAGCAGUCGGACCGAGUCCUCGAACCACCUGGACGACUCCGGGCCGGCGUCGAUAAUGACGCGUUCCCCGGGGCCGAAUUCGAUCGGGCAGAGGGAGCAGCGACUAGCCCUGGUCCCGAGGCCGGUUCAUCAUAAUGUGCUGUACCACACGCACGAAUCAAGUACAUCAACCGAGCCGUCACCAAUUUCUGAGAGGAAGACUUUCCCGAGGCUCGAGAAGCAAAGGAAUCAAGGAGCAACGGCCGACAUGGGGAUGGACGGUCGAGUGCCGGGGAUACUGCGCCCCGUGAUGAAGCUCUCGGAAUCCGGGAUGCAUUCGUAUUCGAGGGGAGCGUCGCCGAGUCAGCCUGGGAGGCCUGGGUCCUGCGAUCGGCUGGGCAAAGAUCCGAGCCCGAGGAAGUCGGUAGAGUCGUUGUGCCUGCUGGAGGAACCCGGAUCGUCCAGAAUGGCAAGGAGGGAAGAGGACUGGGGCAGCGAGCUGUCUACGUUGGAACUGAAACCGCCGACAGGUUUCACGGACGCGCACGAGACCAGCGAGGCCGAGUGCGAUAUCGACAUGAAGCUGAAGCUCCACAGGAAGAGGACGGGUUUCCCUUCUAACUCGCUCUCCAAAUCAUCUAAAGACUUCACUAUCACUGUCUAAGUGUGUUGAUCAAAUAUUCGAAGAAAAAAAAAGAAAUAAUAAAAAUGAAACGAAAACGAAACGAAACGAAACGAAACGAAACGAAAUGAAACGAAAUGAAAAAACGAAGCGCUAAAACGAAACGAGUAAAGAAAAAAAAAAAAAAUGAAACGAUAUAUCGCAUAAGGAACACAGAUACACGCACGUACAUACAGACACACAGACACAGUAAAAUAAUAAAGAUGCCAAAGCAUGAUGAGUGUUAAUUCAAAAAAGCAAAAAUGUAAAAAAAAAAAAAAAAAAAAAAAAAUAUGAAACGCAGAAUGAAAAUUUCCUCGCCGAUGAGAUUGUCGGGAUCCCCCAACGCUUCUCUGUGGAUGGAUGACUGGUCUUUCCGUGUAACUACCGUCGACGAUCCAUUUACAAUAAAGAGGUAUUUUUGUAAGAAAAACCGGAAAAGAA